UAGUUCCUCUCAAUCUUGAACUGCCCGGUCACUGUACCAGAAGUAUUCAUUAGCGACUGCUAUAUAGCUUUCUUCCUCUCCAAGAAUCUCAGAGACCAAACCAAAAGUUUUGAGCUGAGUUUCUGGAGUUCGAGAAAGUUGUUAUUGAACCUCUGGUGAUUGCGAUUCUUCAAAUCAGUCACAAUGGAGUACGGGGAGGAGUACAAUGAUUAUUAUCAUGGUUUGUCGUUUCAACAGUUCUACCGUUGCUACCCUGUAUCUUUUAUGAACAAGGAACAUCUGGAAAAUGGUGAUAAAAUUAUAAUGCCACCUUCAGCUCUUAUGCGUCUGGCAUCUAUGAAUGUUGAUUACCCAAUGCUAUUUGAACUUAGUAACCUUGAUGCCAAACGAGUUUCACAUUGUGGUGUGCUAGAGUUUUCUGCCGAGGAGGGUGUCAUCUUCUUGCCACACUGGAUGAUGGAGAACUUGCUCCUAAAAGAGGGAGACAUCGUGCAAGUGAAAAACACCUCCCUUUUGAAGGGAAAAUAUAUGAAGAUACAGCCUCACACGAAGGACUUCUUAGAUAUUUCCAACCCAAAAGCAAUUUUGGAGAGAACAUUAAGGAACUUCACUUGUUUGACAACUGGUGACACUAUCAUGAUGCCCUACAACAAUAAGAAAUUUUACAUAGAUAUUAUAGAAACUAAGCCUACCCCAGCGAUAAGUAUUAUUGAGACAGAUUGUGAGGUUGACUUUGCUCCUCCUCUUGAUUAUAAGGAGCCUGAAAAACCUGCAGCAUCUAAUCUUCCAAGUCAAGAGGAGCCAGUGAAGGAAGAAACCAAACUCAUCCCAUUCACCGGUGUGGCUAGACGUUUAGAUGGGAACCAAUCACUUGUAUCAGUUUCUCCAUCUGUUCUAAAGGAACACCAACCAGAGGUUGCUAAUGUGACAAAUGGACCUAGCGCAUCAAACAAUUUAUCACGUCGUGCUGGAAAACUCCUGUUUGGUUCAAAUGUGAGACAGGCUUCUAAUGAAAUGCCAAAGGUCAUCCCAAAUAAUACCAAGAAGGAGCCUGAGAAGAAGGAAGAACAGAAGUUCCAAGCAUUCACUGGGAAGAAAUAUUCAUUGACAGACUGAUGUUUGAUGGUGUUUAUGAGAAGAAAAAAAUUCUGGUGAAAGAAUAAUUCACAUGCGGACCCACUAUAAUGUUUUUUUAUCCCAUUUAAAAGUUUUCUUUCUGUCAGUUCCUAUAUUGAAAGUUAUGAUUAUCCAGUGUAUAAGCAUUCUUCCCUUGUAUAGUACACACCAAGAAGAACAUCUUAGAGAUUUCUUAA